AUGUCUUUGGAGAAGAAAAUUCUCAAUUUUUUGAAGGGCCCAAAGAAGGGUGAAACCUUCGAGUUGAAGGCGGGUCUUGUAUCCCAAUACAAACAUGAAAGGAAGGAUGCAAUUCAGCGCGUGAUUCAGGCUAUGACCGUCGGCAAGGACGUAUCCUCGUUAUUUCCAGACGUGUUAAAGAAUAUAGCUACUUAUGAUUUGGAACAAAAAAAAUUGGUUUAUCUCUACAUGAUGAAUUACGCCAAGACACACCCUGAAUUAUGUAUAUUGGCUGUCAAUACGUUCGUUCAGGAUACCGAGGACACGAAUCCUUUGGUGAGAGCCUUAGCAAUAAGAACCAUGGGGUGUAUACGUGUCGAUAAGAUGGUCGAUUACAUGGAGACUCCAUUGAGGCGAACCUUGCUGGAUGAUAACCCGUAUGUUCGAAAGACAGCAGCCAUAUGUGUCGCCAAGCUCUUCGACCUUAAUGCUGAGAUGUGCGUUGAGUUCGGCUUUUUAGAUGACUUGAAAAGACUCUUAACAGACUCGAACCCCAUGGUUGUGGCUAAUGCUCUUAGCGCCUUGUACGAAAUUAGAGACAUGAACAGAGACCCCGAUUUGCAUGUGUUGACCAUUGACCAACAACUUGUCAAAACAUUGAUGGCUUGCCUAAAUGAAUGCACUGAAUGGGGACGUAUCACUAUACUCAGCUCUUUGGCAGACUACCACACAGAUGAUCCCGAAGAAGCCCUUCAUAUUAUAGAGAGAUCUAUACCUCAAUUGCAACAUGUUAAUCCCUCGGUUGUCUUAUCAUCCAUCAAAGUUGUCAUUCAACACAUUGACAGUUUACCGAAUCAAGCCACAAAAUCGAAUUUUUUGAAAAAGCUUUCUGCUCCCUUGGUUUCAUUGGUUUCUCUGUCCAUCCCAGAAGCAGAAUAUGUUGGCUUGAAGAACAUCCGCAUCAUUCUCGAGAAGUACCCUCAGGUUCUUACCAAAGAGGUCCGCGUAUUUUUCAUCAAAUACUCGGAUCCUCUUUAUUUGAAGCUUGAAAAGCUUGAGAUUGUUAUCAGAUUAGCCAACGAAUCCAACUGUGCCUUACUCUUGAGUGAGCUCAAAGAGUACGCCAUGGAAAUUGAACCUGCUCUCGUAUCGAAAUCGAUACAAGCCAUUGGAGCUGUGGCAAUAAAGCUUUCUUCGAGUGUUGUUCAAGCUGCAAAUCUUCUUAUCUCGUUAAUGGAACAGAGAGGCGGUGAGCUCAUAAUCAAUGAGGCCGUUGGGGUCUUCACUCAAAUUUUGAGACGCUAUCCUGGUCGCAAUGAUUUAAUCACGUUGAUCGUUCCACUCAUAUCAAAUCACAUUGAUGAGCUUACUGAUCCCCAAUCACUUGCGGGUUAUGUUUGGUUGCUUGGAGAAUAUCCCAAGUAUUUCACGGCAUUGAAGACCAAGUUGGAAACACUUGUAGAAAAUUUUCUUGAAUAUGAUUCUUUACUCCAACUAAGCAUCUUGACAUCGGUUGUGAAGGUGAAUUUGGUGCUUCCAUCAGCAGGGUGUUCCUCAUUGUUGCAAAGGGUCUUGGAGAAAGCGACAAAGGAAUGUGAAAAUGCUGACGUAAGAGACAAAGCCUUCAUUUAUUGGCGUCUUUUGUCUACAUCCUCAAGCGAGGCCCAACAGAGCGUUAUCGCUGCUAAAAUGCCACCAAUCAAGACAACAAUAUCGUCUUUCAACCCUGUCGUAUUGGACGCGUUGAUCAAGGAAUUAUCAACACUUUCAUCAGUGUUUCACAAGCCAGCGUCCACGUUCAUUGAUCCAACUGCAUACGCUUCAUUGGAUUCUCAAACGGCAACCAAGGUUUCUUCGAACAAAGCCAAUUUAGCGGACUUGACAAAGAAGGCCAAGCAAGAAAUCAUUAACAACGCUAGAAAUGAGAAUUUGCUCGAUCUAGAUGAUGAGGAAUAUGAUCAGAGCAGUCAUACAAAUGUGGAUGGAACACCUCUGUUGUUAGAUGAACUAAAUGAUCUAUUCAAUGUACCUACUACUGUCUCGGAUUCAAAUUCCAGCACUCAAAAUCAAGCCGGUGGCUCGACCAAUGCUAUAUUGGACUUAUUUGGUGAAGCUCAAUCCCAAAAGAAAGCUAAUACCAUCAUCGACGACUUUGAUCAACUAGGACUCAAUGAUUAUUCAGGUACGAAAAAUGGAAGUGGACAAUCUAACUCUCCUCAGCAUAAGAGUAACACAAACAAUGAUCUUUUGGAUCUCUUCUAG